AUGUGUGUCAUCUUCAGCGUUCCUGGACAUGUGUUCAAGCGGCUACAUGAUUUCCUGUUAUGUACCGGUUUUAAGUCAUCCAAAACGGAUGUUUCGUUGUUUUACUUUGGUAUAGGUGACUCACGACUGUUCUUACUGGUCUACGUAGAUGACAUCAUUCUGAUGGGUAAUGAUGCCACUCUCAUAAACACAUUCCUGCAUCGUCUCUCCGCGGCAUUCAAGAUUCUUGACCUGGGUACUCCGGGCUUCUUUUUGGGUAUUGAAAUGUUAUCGGCAGGCAAUGAUGUAGUGUUAUCUCAACGGCGGUAUAUGACGGAUCUUCUAGGCCGUGCUGGCAUGGCAGAUUGCAAACCACUAUCCACUCCGGCUGUUGUCACUAAAGUAGCUACACCCUCUAGUGAUUCUUUUGAUAACCCGACACAGUACAGGCACGUGGUCGGAGCCUUACAGUACCUGACUAUUACCAGGCCUGAUCUGGCAUAUGCAGUCAACCGACUGUGUCAGUUUAUGCAUUCACCGAUGACGAAGCAUUGGGGGCUUGUAAAGUGGGCACUUCCUUACACAAAGGGUACCUUGGGCUAUGGGCUUCGACUGACUCCAUCCACCUCGUCCAGCAUACAUGCCUUCUCCGACUCGGAUUGGGUCGGCUGUCCCGUAGACCGGAAGAGUUAG